AUGGCUUUGCCCCCUUGUCUGUUCACUGUUGUGCCGCCGCCUAUCGCGAAAAAGGUCAUCAUCGACGAGUAUGUCUUCGACCCCAACGGAGACACCCAGUACAUUCUAAAGAGCCCCAACAAACCCAUUACAAUCGACAUUUCCAACCGGAAGCGCUUGAUUCGUUCUCCCGGGCCCCCGACUGAAAGUGAAAGCAAACGAGCUAGAACCUUGUCAGGCAAAUAUGCCCAGUCCGGCUCUAGUAGCUUUGACCGUGAGCCCCCCGAUGAGAUUCAUUUUAAGGUGUCUGGGGCUCAUCUGGGGCUGGCAAGUCCCGUCUUCCGCACAAUGAUAACGGGGUCCUGGUCCCAGUCUUCUCUCGUACCUGCGGACGGGAGCCAAGAGGGCAGCAUACGCCAGCUCACCUCCAGUGAGUGGGACAGCGAGGCAGUCUUAAUCAUGUUCCACAUCAUGCAUGGGCAUCAUAGGAACGUUCCCAAAAUGGUGAACCUCAAGAUGCUCACUUCCAUAGCAACGGUAGUCGAUUACUACCAAUGCCACGAGAUCUUUGAGAUCUUCGUUGACCAAUGGAUCGCGGCCCUUCAGAGGGAGAAUUCCGUUCCACCUAGAAGCGUCUUUGGAGAAGAUGUCAUCCGUUGGCUUUCGAUUUCUUGGGUGUUCGCUCGCCCCGAAAUCUUCAACGUCAUGGCUGAGACAAUCAUCAGAUUUUCCACCCAUCCAAUCCUUGUUCCGGAUCUUCCAGUCGCCCCUGCUCUAGGCAUGCUCGAGGUCAGAAGGCAGGAAUUGGUCACCAAAGUGUUCACUUACGUCGCUCGGAUUCACAAGGCCUUGUGUAUGGGCCAGACGAACUGCACUGUGCCUGAUUGCGCCUCAAUGCUCUUAGGAACUCUGGUCAGAGCCACGCAAACGCUCGAGCACCUCAAAAACGAGGAAACACGCCCCGCCGAUGGCUACUCUCUAUCCAGCAUUCUAGAGACUCUCUCGAGCUACCGGAGACCCAACUGGGCUUCGAUCCGCCACGACCCCAUCGGGAACCCCAUCCCCACGGUCCACCGAUGCUCACUUGAGCAGUUCCUCGUGCGGCCGCUCAAAAAGAUCGAGGCAGAAAUCAAACUUGGCGCCUUUGAUAUCGUUACAAAGUCCGUGGGUACCUCAGCUAGUAAUCCAUCGUCAAAGAUGAGGAACCCUACCAUAUCAAGCGGACCUGUCAGAAGAGUCGAGCAGCGCCCAAAUGCCUCUUAA